GUUCUAAGUAUUUCAUAUCUUUCUCAUGAAAUUUGUCCUUACUCGAAGUUUCUCCUAAACAACCCAAGGCCUCGUCACAAUGGUGUACGUACGACAAGAAAAACUUCCCGGCCUUAAGCAGUACAAAUAUUCCGGUGUCGACCAUUCCCUCUUAUCUCGAUAUGUUCUCAAGCCAUUCUACACGAAUUUCGUGAUAAAAUGUUUCCCGAUGAGCAUGGCACCGAAUCUGAUUACUCUUACGGGUUUCAGCUUCGUCGUUGUCAAUAUCCUGACUUUGCUGUGGUAUAAUCCGACGCUGGAUGUGGAUUGUCCACCUUGGGUGUAUGCCAGUUGGGCUGUGGGAUUAUUCUUGUAUCAAACCUUCGACGCGGUUGAUGGGACUCAAGCACGACGAACACAUCAGAGUGGACCGCUUGGAGAGCUCUUCGAUCACGGUGUUGACGCAGUGAAUACUUCUCUCGAAUGUUUGAUCUUCGCGGCUUCGCAGAACUUGGGAAUGGGCUGGAAGACAGUCAUGGUCUUAUUUGCUUCUCUCCUCACAUUUUACGUACAAACCUGGGACGAAUAUCACACAAAGACUUUGACAUUGGGCUUGAUCUCUGGACCUGUAGAAGGAAUUGUCAUCCUCAUCACAGUCUACGCGUUCACUGCAAUCAAAGGUGGGGCGAGCUUCUGGACUCAAUCUAUGUUCAGGACUGUUGGUAUCCCACAUUACCCGUUUAUUCCUGAAUAUAUCUAUGAAUUGCCAUUCAAUGAGUGGUAUAUGGUUCAAGGUGGAAUUGUGCUGGUUCUCAACACUGUACAAAGCUCCAUAAAUGUGAUCAAAGCUCGCAGAGCUCGUGGAGACAGGUCUCGAGGCGCGCUUUUGGGUCUCCUUCCCUUCUUCUUCACGUGGUCGCUCAUCCCAGCCUACCUUUAUCUCAACCCUGAAAUUCUUUACAAUCAUCUCGUUCCUUUCGUUUUCUUCGCCGGGCUUGUCAAUGCUUACUCGGUGGGCCAGAUGAUCACUGCCCAUUUGGUCAAACUGCCAUUCCCUUACACGAAUGUAUUGAACCUACCGCUUGCUUAUGGCGUCUUUGACUCUGCAGGGCCGUUUUUGAAGGAGAAUUUUGGAUUUGGAUGGCCAAGUGCUCUUGGUGGUGGUGUAUACCAGGUCGCAUAUCUCUUCUGCAUGCUUGGUGUUGCGGUUGGAGUUUAUGGAAGCUUUGUGGUUGAUGUAAUUGUUACAAUUUGCGAUUACUUGGACAUUUGGUGCCUGACUAUUAAACAUCCAUGGAACGAGGAAGAGGAGGCAAAGAAAGCCAAUUAGAAUACCCAUUUACGACGAAUAUAAUGCGAACAUGACGGUAGGGGAUUUUAGCAGGUCGGAGCUGGUUCAGGGUUGGAAUGGCUGAGUUGGUAUUUGUAUAAGUAUAAUAUCCGGUCUGUUUAUAUGCCAUUUAUAGCGAGUUAACAGACUACUCCAUUUACCUCUGCAACCUUCCUCCAACUCGGUUGUGCUGCUAAGGUUUCAACCUCCAUUCAACGUGACACUGAUAUCAAGAUUGAGAAAAAGGCUAGCCAAGAUUAGUUUUCUAGUGGCUG